ACACUUGGCAAGAAGAUGACGUAGCACGGCGUGUGUUGUCAAAGAAAGAAAGAUGGCGUCGGUGUCAGAACUGUACGAUGUGGGCUGGGAAGAGAUGAGAGACAAGCUUCGUAAAUGGAGAGAGGAUAACUGCAGAAAUAGUGAACAGAUUGUGGAUGUUGGUGAAGAGCUCAUCAGCGAACAUGGAUCUAAACUUGGAGAUGACAUAUGGAUUAUUUAUGAGCAGGUGAUGAUCGCAGCGCUGGACUGCAGUCGGGAUGACUUGGCCCUGACCUGUCUACAGGAACUGAGGAAGCAGUUUCCAGAUAGCCACAGAGUGAAGCGAUUAUCAGGCAUGCGGCUGGAAGCUUUAGAAAGGUAUGACGAGGCCAACAAGCACUACGAUGCCAUUCUACAAGACGACCCUACCAAUACGGCAGCGAGGAAGCGCAAGAUCUCCAUUCUGAAAGCCCAGGGGAAGAGCGCCGAAGCCAUCCGUGAGCUCAAUGAGUAUCUGGAGCAGUUUGUCGGGGACCAAGAAGCUUGGCAUGAGCUGUCAGAGCUCUACAUCAACGAACAUGACUAUGGAAAAGCUGCGUUUUGUCUGGAGGAGCUGAUGAUGACCAAUCCUCACAAUCACUUGUACUGUGAGCAGUACGCUGAGGUGAAGUACACUCAGGGGGGGCUGGAAAACUUGGAGCUGUCCAGAAAGUAUUUUGCCCAGGCACUGAGGCUGAACAACAGAAACAUGAGGGCGUUGUUUGGUCUGUACAUGUCGGCGAGCCACAUCGCUGCCAGUCCCAAAGUCGGUGCCAAGGUGAAGAAGGACAAUAUGAAGUAUGCUGCCUGGGCUGCCACUCAAAUAAAUAGAGCCUAUAAGCUGGCCGGCCGUGGGACCAAGGAGAACAAAUGCUCUGUGAAAGCUGUGGAAGAGAUGCUGGAGUCCAUGCAGAUCACCAUGUCCUAGAUGCCCCUGUCCAUGCAAACUCUCUUCCCUCCCCUUUUAUAUAUAAACACACACACACACACACUCUCACAACAUGGCAGCUCAAAUAGCCUUGCUUUGUGACCAGAGCUGGACCUGUGAAAUGAUUUUGAAAUCCAUUCAGGUUUGGUUCUGUAAUUAAUUGAGCUUGACAUGGACGAUGGAAGAUACUUAAUUGUUUCCCUGAAGUGCAAAAGACCCCCACCCAUCUGGGAUCUGCGACAGUUCCAAGCAAACUCUGAAAGCAAUCAAGAGUUAUUUCAACUAGUUUUACAUCAUAUUAACCCAGCUGUGAUUUUUUUUUUUUUUUUUUGCCCCCAGCCUUCAGUGUCCUUCAGGUCCAUCAUGAGCAGAAACCCACAUCCAGAUCAAGGCUGUGAACAAGUGAAUGGGAAAGAUAACAUAGGCUGUAAAUGCUAUUUAUAAAGACAAGCGUGGUGGUCCACACAUGUCUGCACUGACGUCCUCUACUUUCCUUAAUAUCUGUAAAUGAAACAUUUUUAUCUUAAUAAAAUCUUUUCUUUUGUCACAUCCGUCAAUGUCUUAAUAAAAGAUUUGGAUUGUUUAAACAGCU